UAUUAUUUCCCCAUUGUUCGUCUUUAUUUACCCCUUAUCGGUUGAUUGGGAUGUUUCAUUAGCAAUUAGAGAACCACUUUUUUUUACUCGUUCCACAAUCACAUCAAGGACAGUAUGCAAGUGUUUUUAACCCAGCUCUUAAUAUUUGCAACAUAUCCGCCAUGGUAAUCCGAAUUUUGGAGACAUAUGGGCCACUACCCAACUAGUUGAUUAGUCUGUUAGUAUAGUAUUGUUUCACUCCUAAUUCUUAGAUACGGAUUGAUAUUCUAUCCCAUUGUAUAAUACGAUUAAGUGACGGGAUUGUCCCACCGUUCGUAAACAAGACCUUGUGAAAAACUCUACUGGAGUCCCAUGGGAAAAAUACAUGUCAGUAAUAAAGACAGGCCAAUCGACUUACGUUAAUCCUUGCAAUCUUAAGUACAGUCGAGAUCCAGUAUCGCUUUGAAUGUAUUGACAAAAGGUUCUGAUAUUACGCGUUCUAGUAAAAAAAUCCAGUAACUUACUGCUCGGUGCAAGAAACGGAGCUGUAGACGUAAGCGAUUUGGUCUCGGUUUUCGAACCUCAGAAUGUUCUCUCAGAUGAUCGGUCGUAGAUUAAAGUAAAAGAUAAGAGGUCAAUACCAAAAUCAUCGUUCAGUGUAUGGUAAGCCAGUAUUAGAUCACCUCGUAAUCUGCGGUAAGAUAACGGAAAAUGUUGAGGCAUCUCAGACCGUUUUCAUAAGAUGGGCUAAAGGGGCUUCUUACUAUUUCUAUUUACCGUUGAACUCGUCCUAACAUAUUCAUCUCAUACUUGGAAUGAGGACUGCUUGGAUCCCAUAUUUCAAAUGCGGGCUCACAAGAUUCGGGUAUAAUACCCUAGACGUUUUUUCGUCCAAGAGAUAAAAUGAAUUACUAGUAGCUCAUAAUACCCUGAAGUCUUUGGCAGCAGAAAUAUUGUAGUUACUCGUAGUUUUAAGGUCUUAGUUCAUUGAGUCCUAGGUCUUUAUAAUCCAUAACACAACUCCACGUAUCAUGUAGUAAUAUGAAUCGUUGCAGUUAUUUAUUUGCAUCACCACACUCUAGUUACAAUUAACUUUUCAUGUCCGCCUACUCAUUCGUUCAACCAGCGGAUUUCGAUCAUCCUGUAAUAUUAUUCUAUCUGGCAUACUGUGUAUGGGUUUCCAAAUCUUAAUGUCAUCUGCAGAGCAAAACAGACAAGUUUGCUGCAGUUGUUAAAUCAUUUAUAUACAGUAAAGAAAGAAGAGUAUGGAGGAUUUUACCAUCAGGAAGUCCACUUUUUACAGAUUCCCACGUCAAUAGAAUCCUAUUUACUGAUGCAUUUCCUUAACACUACAUCCGGUCUACCUUACAAAAAUAAAUGAGUCAAGUGAUUUCUGCACAACCGAUCCUGAGCAUAUAGGUAGUGUAAUCUCGGUAAAUAAUGUUGUGUUGAUUGACUUUCACUUGUGGAUGUGAUUAUCAUCCCGAAGACCACUUUCCGAUCAUAUGACUGUAGGUUUAAUCUUUUGGACAGAUUAGAACCUUCAUUUAUCAUUUUUCGCUGCACACUUGGCUCGUCAUAAUUUUUCUUGUGUCAUAAGCUGGUCUAACAGUUCAAACAUUUGAACACUGGUAAAUUCUUGAUUAAAACCUAAAAAUAUGGGCUUUCCCUUUUAUGUUAUUUAAUAUAGUUUGUUUUGGGGAAAAAUAAGUGGAUUAGAUUAUAGGUGAUAACUAGAUGGUUUCGUGGUAGUACGGAGCUAUAACGAACGGUUUUUAACCUUAUGGCAAGCGCGCUGGUGAGUUGCUGAUGUACAAGAUAGCUUGUUAAAAAUAGAGCAGUGGCUUAGUGAUCAAAGCGUUUAACUUUAAACUCGUAGAUCACAGGUUUGACUUAAUCUAAUUCUGUAUGUGCAACCCAGUGGUAUCAUUAGCCGUUGCAUAGUAAACAUGGUCCGAAACAUGAAUUUGUACAUUGCUAGAUAUAAUGGUUACCUACCUUAUAUUUUAGUCCAAUAACUGCUCCCAUUGCUAGGAGAGAACCUAGUGUGAUUUAUGAAAGCCUCGUGUGGAUAGUUAAAAUUUGUCAAAAGUCGCUUAUUAUGUUGGAGCUAUCAAGUGAGCAAUGAUGAUAUUACUUGUGGAGUCGAGGUUUUAAACUGUUUAAGAAAGCGGGUGGGGAAUAUUUUGCCACUUUGCUUGAACUACGAUGGAAGCUUUUAUAAGAGUAGGUUGGAAAAAACCAGAGCCAAACCAGUACAUAACAUCAGCCUAUAAAGCUGCUUGCCCUUAGUUUUCACAGCAAAUAUAAUCCACUUUAUAAGUGACCUCUAAAGCACCUGCUCGUUGUCGUAAAUGUGAGGUUAUGUGGCUAAAGAUUGUUUUCAGUGCUGCAAGUGAACUCGUUCUUUAUGUUUUCACAAUUGUUAAGCAACUUGUUACUACACACUCUACCAGCUAUCUUCACGUUUCUGUUUUCGUUUCCUUUUUCCUAAUGUUAUCAUUAUUAUAUUCCAGAUUAUUAUAAAUGGCUUCCGAAGAUUGUGACGAUAUAUUUGGACGCCGAUAUCUUACAGAUGCUUCUGAUGUUUAUGAGUGGAAUGCUUGGGAUGACGUUCAGUGGACAGAAGAGCAGGAAAAUUUAGCAAAAGAAAUAAUACUUUUGAAUAGUACUGUUAGACUCCCAGAUGAUUCUCAAGAAAGAAUUGAGAUCCUUGCACAUGAAUACUGGGACAAGUUUUAUUCCCAUCAUGAAGAUAGAUUUUUCAAGGACAGAAAUUGGUUAGAAAAAGAGUUCCGUGAAUUAUUUUCUUCAACGUCACCUAGUGUGCACAUAAUGGAGGUCGGUUGUGGUGUGGGAAAUACAAUAUUUCCAAUAUUACGCGCUGUAAAGAGUCCUGGACUGUUGAUAUAUGCAUCAGAUUUCUCUGAAAAGGCUCUAUCUAUACUCAAAGGAUCCAAAGGAUAUGACGCUGAUCGUUGUAUUACUUUCCAGCAUGAUAUAACCAAAACUAAUGAUGAGAUCCCUUGUCCUAGAAAUAGUUUGGAUUUUCUUGUCUUAGUGUUCGUAUUAUCAGCAGUUAAUCCUGAAUUGUUUCACCGUACGCUUAAAAAUCUUGUUACGUAUUUAAAACCCGGAGGUGUGCUAUUGUUUCGAGAUUAUGGAAGGUUUGAUUUAGCUCAGCUAAGAUUUAAAAAUGGCCAGUGUUUAAAAGACAACUUUUAUAUGAGAUCAGAUGGGACAAGAGUUUACUUUUUCACUCAAGGUUAGUUUGGGAAAUCCCAACAGAUUAUGUUUUGAUUUUCAUGCAGAUGAAUUACACAAAUUAUUUACGGACGUUGGUCUAGAAAAGAUUCAGAACAAGGUUGAUCGCAGAUUAAUCGUAAAUCGCAAAAAGAAGUUAAAGAUGUACAGAAUUUGGAUUCAAUGUAAAUAUAACAAGGUAUAAUGUGUCCUCUGUAAUAUUUUUCUAUUGUUAUUUCCUAUUUUGGGUGGUAAUAGUUCUGAUAAAACACUUGAUGUGGUAGGCAUUCCGUAUAUCACUCUGUCUGCAUUUUAUUCACUUAUUUUAACAAUCUAAAACUCGUCCGUUCACUAAAUCACCAAGUCCACAUCCAGAACAGUGAAUACUGGGAUUUGAUUGUUAGGAUUUACAAACUGUUCGUUUACCGAAUCCUCUACUAUAACAAUGAAAAUAGGGAUAAAAGUCGUUUUUUAAGAUGUCCAUUACUUUAAAUGAGUGCAAGUCGUUAUU